UUCAGUCAGUCUCAUAACAGCUGUAGUGCAGCUCUGAACACAGUAAAAGCCAUGAAAGGCUGGGAAGUCAUAAAUCUUGAUUUUCUUAAGUUUCUUUUGAUCCUAAUUCUAGCUUUGCCAUGUCUUUCGGUAAUGAAUAGACCUGCUGUAAAAGUGACUACCAACUUGGGCAGAGUAACUGGUACUGAAGAGACAAUCGGACCUGAAGAUGGAUUUCCAAUUGGAAACGGCGGACGUGGUAGAUUUUUUCGUUCCUUUCGUGGGAUUCCCUAUGCAAAACCUCCGAUCGGAGAACUUCGUUGGAAGGAUCCCGUACCAUAUGGUUUGUGGCCAACAGAUCUGGAUGGGACCAAUUUUGGACAACAAUGUCCUCAGUUUGAUCGAGUCACGGGCCAAGUUAUAGGCAACGAAGAUUGUCUCUUUCUUAAUAUUUUUACUCCGUACAUUUCGGUUGCAGGUCGCGCAGAAAUAAUUCAGUCCGACGAAACUAGUCGACAAGACCGUCAGCAAAAACCUUUACUUCCCGUAAUGGUCUGGUUUCACGGUGGUGGUUACGUAAGAGGCAGUUCUCACCAAUUUGGACCCGCUUUCUUGAUGCGAGAGGAUGUUGUCUUGGUGACAGUCAACUAUCGUCUCGGGGUGUUGGGAUUUUUGAGCACUGGCGACAGGAACCUACCCGGAAACUACGGAAUGUUGGAUCAAAUCGAGUCCUUAAAAUGGGUGAAAAAUCAUGUAUCCGAUUUCGGUGGUGAUCCACAGCAAGUUACCAUUUUCGGAGAGUCUGCUGGUGGCGCAAUCACCCAUCUAUUGGCACUGAGUCCCCUAGCAGCAGGAUUGUUCCAUAAAUUUAUUCUUCAAUCAGCCAGUGCCCUUUGCGAUUGGUCAAUAGAGAAGUCUCCUUUAGAAUAUGCGCUGAAAGUAGCUGACGGUCUGCAAUGUUCUGGUCGUCCAGAUUCCAUCGUUCAUUGCCUUAAGAAUCAGAGUGUGGAUCAUUUGAUUCGAAAACAAACCGAAUUAUUGCAAUACAGCCUUUUUCCAGUAAGAUGCGCUCCUGUAUUGGACGCACAGUCACGAGACCACCCGUUUUUACCGGAACCCCCACAAGAUAUUAUUAAAAACCGAAGAUAUAAUCCUUUACCUAUGAUGUCUGGUUUGAAUCCGGAUGAAGGCUUAUUAUUCUAUUUAUGGAUUCAUUACGAAAACAUGGCAAAAAUGACAAGCAAAACAUUUUUAAAAAACGAACUUGUCCCCGGAGUGAUUGCUUCGUUGAUUAAAAAUGUUACUGAAUUGGAUUCAACGGUAAAAAUAAUUCAAGAGCAAUAUUUUGGCAACAUGGACUACGGGGAUUCAAGGCAUUUCGUCCCGAGGUUUUCGCAGUUGAUAGAAGACUCUUCAUUCACGUCGUGCGUCUAUUCAGCACAGCUGCUACAUGCUAACUCUUCGGCCAUACCAAGUUAUGCAUAUCUUUUCAGUUAUAAGGGAGAGAAAACCCCCUCCUAUUCAGCAGCGUUUGCUGAUCUCGUUAGAAUGACUGGAUUUGACCAUCCGCUUAUAAGCAGAGGAGUAACGCAUGCAGACGAGCUUCUUUAUUUGUUUCGGAUGGCAGGACUAACAGCUGAUUAUUCGCAAAGAGAUAUGCAAAUGUCCAGAAUAAUGACUCGGUUAUGGGCCAGCUUUGCCAAAACUGGCAAUCCCCUGACAGAAUGGCCAUAUCCUGAGAUCAUUCCCAAUUGGCCUCAUGUCUCUUUACACAACGGCUUAGAUGGUGUCUUGUACUUAAACUUGGACCUGCCUGCAACUAUCAUUGGCCUGGAUUUUCGUAAAGCGGAACACAAUUUUUGGAUGAACGUCAUACCGCAUAUUCGAUAUACCACGGCAACUUCAAAUCAGAAAAGCAAUGAGUGUUUUUCAGCCGUAUGGUCAUUGUUGAGUUUGCUGAUAGCUUCUCUCAUUAUCAUCGUGUUGUUGACUUGUAUCAUGCUGUUGAACAAACGGAAACGACGAUAUCCUGAAAGAGGAGUGGUCCUGCAGCGAAACAAUUGAUAAUAUCGGUAGAGACAUUUACAUAGUUUGCUUUUACAUAUCGCCUCCAAAAGAAACCGGACAACUUUCUCCUGUUUUUAAUUUACUGGCUUAUGCUGUUUAUAAUUCAAAUGGGAUUGAGAAUGCAGGGGGAAUUCAAAAAAAGCCUUAUCGUAGUAAUUUUACGCACUACUUAUUUCUUUAUUGUUUUCUUUUUCUCCUUCUUCCACUUUAGAGAUGCAAUUCUUUUGUGUAGUAUUAGCUAUUACUUAAUGUUUUGUGAGGACCUGCUAAUAAAUUAACCAACUGUAAACACU